AUGGUUUUCGACGUGAAAGGAAAGACGGCUAUUGUAACCGGCGCUGCAUCUGGUUUUGGCAAGGAGCUUGUACUUCGUUUGGUUAAGAAGGGUGCCAACGUCGUCCUCGUCGACUACAACAAACCAGCCGGUACAAGCUACCAAUCCGAACUAGCCUCCUCAUACCCAAACAAAACAGUCUUUGUCCAUGCAGACACCUCCUCCCGCACCGACAUGCUGAACGUCUUCCGCAUCACAAACGCAACCUUCCACUCCCUCGACAUUAUCGUAAACAAUGCCGGCAUUGGCCAAAAAUACGAACUCGCCGACGACGAGGACGAUACGUGGAUGAAUAUGCUUAAUAUUGAUGUCGUUGGUGUGAUUUUGGGAUGUCGGAUGGCGAUAUCGCAGUGGAAGAAGGAGGGCAAGAAGGGUGGGAUUAUUAUCAAUACGGCUAGUUUGGCUGGGUUAUAUCCACAAGCAAACAUGCCGGUGUAUUGUAGUGCUAAGGCGGCAGUAGUGAUGCUGACAAGGAGUUUGGCGCAUUUGAAGAGUCAAGGCAUUCGUGUAAACGCCAUAUGCCCAUCUUUUUCUCCAACAGGCGGUUUCGUUUCAAAUCCUAAUGAACUGGAUGAGUUCACCAAAGCACGAAUUGUGACCGUUGCUCAAGUCGUAGAUGCUUUUGAGAAGGCCAUCGAAGAUGAUUCGUUGGCUGGGGAAUUGAUUCGAAUUACACCAGAAUUCGGAAUCGACUUGUACAAGAGUCGUAAGCAACCAGUUGCCAAGAUUUGA